CAAAGACGAGAAAUGGCUGCCACGCGUGCACUUGCCGGUUUCUUGGUUGUUUUAGCUUGCAUCUUCUCUGUUUAUGCAACAGGGAAGAAGACUUUGGUGUUGGUGGAUAACUGGUCUAUUCGUGAAACACAUUCUAUUUUCUUCAGGUCGCUGAGAGAGCGUGGAUUUGAUCUGACAUUUAAGACUGCAGAUGAUGCUAGCUUGGCUCUGAUCAAAUAUGGAGAGUUUCUCUACGACAACUUGGUCAUCUUUGCUCCCUCCGUGGAAGAAUUUGGAGGCAGUCUAGACGUCACCGCCAUCACUAACUUCAUAGAUGGUGGAGGCAAUGUCCUGGUAGCUGCCAGCUCUGCUAUCACUGACCCAAUCCGAGAGCUGGGCAGUGAGUGUGGAGUGGAGUUUGAUGAAGAGAAGACGGCAGUCAUUGAUCAUCUCAACUAUGAUGUCAAAGAUGAAGGCAAGCACACCCUGAUAGUCACAGACCCCAACAACCUACUGGAGUCAGAGCUCCUGGUUGGAAAGAAGACAUCAGUGCCCAUGUUGUACAGAGGAGUUGGGAUGGUCGCAGAUGUUGACAACCCUCUGGUUCUGAAUGUCCUUCACGGUUCUUCUACAGCCUACAGCUUUAACCCUGAUGACAAAGUCAGCGAGUACCCCCAUGCUGUGGGUAAAAACACCCUGCUGAUUGCUGCCCUCCAAGCAAGAAACAAUGCCAGGGUAGUAUUCGUGGGAUCUCUGGAUUUCUUCAGUGAUGAGUUCUUUACUGCAUCAGUACAACAUGCCGUCACUGGACAAAGUCAUGCCCAGUCUGCCAACCAGCAGGUGGCCACCAGUCUGUCACAGUGGGUGUUCAAGGAGAAGGGAGUGCUGAAGGUCGGCAAGGUUUUCCACGCUAAGAAAGGAGAGAAGUCGCCACCAGAGGCAUACACCAUUAUGGACCAGGUGACCUAUUCUAUUGAGAUUGAAGAGUACAAGGGAGGCAAGUGGGUGCCUUUUGAUGGGAAGGAUGUCCAGUUGGAGUUUGUCCGCAUUGAUCCCUUUGUCAGGACAUUCCUCAAGGCUAAAAAUGGCAAAUUUUCUGUGGACUUCAAGCUGCCUGACGUGUAUGGUGUCUACCAGUUCCUGGUGGACUAUAAUCGUAUUGGUUAUACACAUCUGUUCAGUACCACACAGGUAUCUGUGCGUCCUCUUGAACACACCCAGUAUGAACGCUUUAUAUCGUCUGCUAACCCGUACUACUUCAGUGCUUUCUCAAUGAUGGCAGGAGUCUUUGUAUUCAGUAUUGUAUUUCUACACUACAAGGAAGACACGAAGGCAAAGACCGAAUGAUGAAAGUGGAUGCUUAUUGAAGGAAUUUAUUUGCAAGAUUGAACGAGUUCUGUUUAUUAUCUAAUUUUUUGUUUUGGAAUUUUAAAGGCAUUUCAUUGGAAUGCGGAUUUUGGCUAAAUAUUCUUUCUCACACAUGGAGUAAAAGAAAAAGUGAUCAAAUAGUUGACAUUUUGUAAAGCAAUAUCAGUUAUUUGAGAGGGGCAGUGUAAGUUCUUUGUCUAAAGUGCUUUAUAACUGGUGUAAUGUCCACAAGCAAAAUCGUUAAAUGUGAAGAUUUCAAAUGUGUCAAAUUCACUUUUAUGGAAUUUUGUACUGAUAAAA